UCUAUGUUUGUACAUCACAUACAUACUUGAUACUCCUGGAGGCCAAAGGAAGGCAACAGGUACUUCUAGUCUAACCUGGGUUUUCUGUUAGAGCAGCCAAUGUAGUCCAUUGCUCCUGUUCCAGACACCAGCACACAUUCUUUAAAUUAUUGUUUUUAUGUGAUGGCCAAUGAAGAGAUUAAUUCAUUGUCAGUCAAGCUUCUACUUGACUAACAGAAAAAUAAAAUAACUGAGCCUGUGGGUAUCAAUUCUGCCUUUACAAAGAGAUAUAUCAGGGUUAAUAAAAAAAAAAAAAAGUGAAUUGCAUUGGAAAAGUAGCCAAAAAAGAUGAAUUCCACCAUUUCUCCAAGCAAAUUUUUAUAUAUAGAUAAAUAGAUUUAGCUGUGUAUGUAUGUGUGUAUAUAUAAACUGGUUACCAAGUACACUGGUUUGAGAGUAUCACACCACGGAUAUUAAUUGUUCUUUAAUUUGAACUACAGAAUUUUCAGAACAGGACUCAAGACCAAGUAAACUAUUCUCCAAAAACACAGUGGUCGCUGAUAGUACAUUUCAUGGCCACAGCAGUUCUACUUAGCCUGGAUCUUUUAGUACCUUGUAGAUCACUCUGGAUUCAAACCCAAGACUUUGUAUUAUUAGGUUUCCACUUUGUUCCAUAUAUAUUCUUUGUAUCCUAACUCCGGUUAGAACAGAGAGCUUGAUGAGUUACAAGUGUCAGGGAAGGGACAUGAACUGUGCAACCAUAAUUAAGUAGUUGUGGUGGGGAUCCUGUGAGAGGGGCAUAGACAAGUAGUUGUAUGUGGUGUGCCUGCUUCAAGAAUGUGUGCAAACGAAUGAGUGAGGGGUAAAGAGCAAGAGCUGAAAGUAUCUCGGAAUAAUAGUGUGGUCUUAGAGAAACAGUAUGCCAAGGCAUUAGAGGAACAAAAGUGCCCUGUAGUCCAAGGAGUCUGUGGGUCCGCCUCUGACCACAGGAGGCGGGAUGCAGAGGGCGGACUACAAAUCCCAGCAGGCCCUGGGACUACGAGCCUGCGCGCCGCACCACGCAACGCAUGCUGGGGUUCGACUGCCGGGGCCAAGAUGUCGCUGAGCAAGAAAAGAAAGCUUGAGUCGGGGGGCGGCGGCGCAGGAGGGGAGGGAGCUGAGGAGGAAAAUGGCGGGGAGCAGGAGGCCGCCCCGCCACGACCCCGGAGGACCAAGCGCGAGCGGGACCAGCUGUACUACGAGUGCUACUCCGACGUAUCGGUCCACGAGGAGAUGAUCGCAGACCGCGUCCGCACCGACGCCUACCGCUUAGGCAUCCUGAGGAACUGGGCCGCGCUGCGAGGCAAGACCGUGCUGGACGUGGGCGCGGGCACCGGCAUUCUUAGCAUCUUCUGCGCCCAGGCCGGGGCCCGGCGCGUGUACGCUGUGGAGGCCAGCGCCAUCUGGCAACAGGCCCGGGAGGUGGUGCGGCUCAACGGGUUGGAGGAUCGCGUGCACGUCCUGCCGGGCCCGGUGGAGACGGUGGAGCUGCCGGAGCAAGUGGACGCCAUCGUAAGCGAGUGGAUGGGCUACGGACUUCUGCACGAGUCCAUGCUGAGCUCCGUGCUUCACGCUCGGACCAAAUGGCUGAAGGAGGGCGGUCUCCUCCUGCCAGCUUCCGCGGAGCUCUUCGUGGCCCCGAUUAGCGACCAGAUGUUAGAAUGGCGUCUGGGUUUCUGGAGCCAGGUGAAGCAGCACUAUGGCGUGGAUAUGAGCUGCAUGGAAAGCUUCGCCACGCGCUGCCUCAUGGGCCAUUCCGAGAUCGUGGUGCAGGGUCUGUCCGGAGAAGACGUGUUGGCCCGGCCGCAGCGCUUUGCCCAGCUCGAGCUGGCCCGCGCUGGCCUGGAGCAGGAGCUGGAGGCCGGUGUGGGCGGGCGCUUCCGCUGCAGCUGCUAUGGCUCCGCGCCUCUACACGGUUUUGCCAUCUGGUUUCAGGUGACCUUUCCUGGAGGGGACUCGGAGAAACCUCUGGUGCUGUCUACUUCGCCUUUUCACCCGGCCACUCACUGGAAGCAGGCGCUCCUCUACUUGAAUGAGCCGGUGCCGGUGGAACAAGAUACUGACAUUUCAGGAGAGAUAACCCUGCUGCCCUCCCGGGACAACCCCCGGCGUCUGCGCAUACUUCUGCGCUACAAAGUGGGGGACCAUGAGGAAAAGACCAAAGACUUUGCCAUGGAGGACUGAGCGUUGCCUUUUCUCCCAUCCACCUUCUUCGGAAGGUCAGAAGAGAAAGGGAGAUCUCCUGUGCAAGUAGGGGACAUAGCUGUCUCUUUUACAUCACUGUUUCUGGCAAAGGGAGUGAGUGACCAGACUUCGUUUGAGGACAUUCUUCUGGCAAUGUUUAUUUUAAAAGCACUGACAGUAUCAGCAUGGCUAUACAUGAAGAGCAAUGUAUGCCACAGGGUACCAGAUGAUCCAAAGGAGCACCACAGCCUUUGGGAUGAAGGCACCUGGGAUGGAUGAAAGCCUGAGGUGUGUGGACACCCAGGCACUGUCUAAUGUGUUAUGUGGAUUGGGACAGGUAACUGAAGCCCUUAGGGCCGGGAUUAUCAGACCCUAGAGAGCAUCAUGGUAAAGUUCCACCUACCUCCCUCACACCUUAGCAUUUAUUUAGCCAUCUAAAACUUUCCAAUUUUGUCAUUCAUUUGCUAAAUCAAUGAGCAUAGUUGCUAAAAAUACAUCCUACCUGUGAUGGGUAUUUGGGAUUACAGGCAAAUGUGAACCCUACCCAUAAGUAGAUGUCUGCCACUAAAGAAAGUAAAGGCCAUAUGGUUAGGUUACUUAGGACCUGGGUGGUUUUCAUGGCAGAAAAGAUGGAUUAUUUGUUUCACACAUAAAGUAGAAAGGUUUCUAUAGGUGCUGAUAGACUUGCCUAAAGUUACAUACAUAAUUCUUGUUUGUGAAAUGGGAUCAUACAUUGUGCAAGGCUGGCUUGGAACCCAGUAUGUAGCUGAGGAUGACUGGACUCCUGAGCCUCUUGCCUCCACCUCCCAAAUGCUGGCGUUAAUAGCUCGAUCCCGCUGUGCCCAGCAUAGACCCAGUUUUUAGCAGAACUUUAAGCAAGACUCUGACUUUCUAAAUGCAAGCAAAAAUUCACUCUCAUUAUACUAAUCCUGCAUUCUUCUGUUAAAAACAGGAAACUUCAUGCCACCUUAAUGGUAACAAGGUUUUAUUUUUAUUAUUUGAUGACAAAGGGAGUGUUUAGUACUAGAAAAUCUCUUAAGACCUUCCCGGAAGAACCAUCUGCUGUGUAUGACUUGAGUUUGAUGUAGUAGGCACUCAAUUGGCAGCCCCUGUGUUUAUUUCCUUAACACUAAUCAAAUGUGACACUUUCUGCGGUCCCCAGAAAACUGAAUCCAUGACAGUAGCAAAGACAAGUGAACUCCUUGUCAUUUGGUUAUUUGGGCAAAGAGCUCUGAAUAGAAAAGAGAUAAGAAAAUGGAGUUCAAGGUGAGUGUGAAAGGCACCUGCUGCAAACAGCUGCCUAACAUCUUGUUUACUGCCAGCCCUGCUGUUGUCCCCACAGUUUACCUAGUGCUGAGCAAAGAUGGCUCCUGAGGAGCGGUUACUAACAAGCCCCACUCCUCCACAUGCUCAUCUCUGUAUAUGUGUCUCCAUUAACUUCAUUAUCAACAGCUACAUAAUAUCUAAGCGCUAUAAUAAAUGAGCACAUCUGCCUCUCAGAGAACUAGGAUACAGUGGGAACAAUAAAAUCAGUAAUGCUCCUGCAUCCAUAAACCUGGAAAGCCUUCCCAGCUCUUAGCCACGCUGAGCAAGGAUGGUAAGGCAGCUGGCAUCCUUUAAGCCUCUCUGAAGAUCAAAAGUCCUGUUCCUAUCAUGAGGAAGAUUGUGAACACCUGAGAAACUUUCCCAUGUGAUGUUCUAAAAUUAGACAAAAUGUUGGUCUGUUCCAUAAUAGAUGAAGUAUAUUAAAUAGGUGAUUCUCGGCUACUCAAAUAAAAGCUCUAAGCCAAAUUUAUAUUCAGCUGUCCAUGUGUGUGUGCGCGCAUCUUUCCCAGCUUUCUAUGUGAUUUCCAUGCUUCCGUUUGUUUAUGAUUUAUCCCCUCAGUUGUAAUAAAUAUUACAUGUAUUUUUAGAAUUUGUAACCUGGUCUAUUCUUUUGGGCAUUAAACUACUUUUGGAGAACUGAA